AUGUUGAAUCACUAUUACGCAUCCAAUGAAUCUUCAAUGAUUUACAUGACAACAAGUACCUCAGCUACCAUAGAAAUCUCGACCUCAAACAAUCUUAAACCCUCUCUCAAAACAGCCAUUGAUCAAACCAUGUUCUUUGCCUCGCAACUGAAAGUUGCCCUGCCUCCUGAAAUGCAAAGCGUCUCUUUCCAGAAAGAGUCGAAAGCCGUAAAAAUUCGCUCAACCGAACCCCUUACGGUUUUACUCUUUGACAACAACUAUUUACAAUCCAACGACGGUACUCUGAUUUCCCCAGUAGAAAAACUCAAAACUAGGUAUUUAAUUGCUUCUUCUGAACCUCGUUUUGCCAAACAUCCGGUUUACGCCAGUUUGUUCGGUGUAGCUGCAUUGGAGGACGACACAAUAGUGACGAUAACAUUUAAACUGGGCAGUAAUUUAAUACCUCUGACAAUCAACAGACAAAACUACAGCGAUUCAGACACCUUCAAAAUCUCCCUGAACAAUUUGGAGACUCUGCAAAUGGAGCACAGCGCCGAUCUCUCGGGAACCUUAGUCGAGUCUUCUAAACCUGUAGCAGUGUUUUCUGGAAACAGAUGCAACAUGUUUUCAGAAUCGAUCAGAUUUAGUCAUUUUCUGGAACAAAUGACCCCGACAGCGGACUGGGGUUUUCGAUAUAUUGUACCUUCUGAUUUCAAUAGUGAUGCAAAUGAAUCAGCUUUUAUCAUCGGCCGUGUCUUGGUAAACAGCUUUGUAAAAGGAAGUAAGAACAAUCCUAAUUCCAGUUCUCCAUACAUGGUAACGAUUCCGGAUAUUAUUCAAUCCAAAAGUCAGUAUUUAAUCCCAAUUCCUGAAGGCUACCUGAACAACUACGUAACGAUUAUGAACGAAACAAUAAGAAAAUACGAUCUUCGUCUGAAUGGACAACCGCUAGAAGAAGGAAAGAUUCGAUUUAAAUACAUAAGUUUCUUUUUCUCCAUUCUGACCUUGGAAGUCUCUCCUGGUAUACUGAACAUAACGACCACUUCAGGAUCAAAGUUUGAUCUGGUUGUCUUUGGCUAUCGGUAUCUUGAUUCUUACGGAUUUGCAGGCAGCCUUCCUUAA